AUGGAGCUUCCAAGUAUUGAACAUUUGAACCUGAAAGCCAGUCCAUCCAAGAUCGAGGAAUGGGUAGAGCGAUUCGAGCUGUGGUGCAGUAUUCGAAAAGGUGGUGUGCAAAAGCAAUCGGCUCUAUUUCUCAAUGCUGGCGGCCGUGAUCUGUAUUUGCUGCUAGAAAUCCUGACAUUUCCCGAGGUUCCCGCUAAACUACUAUACGAGUCCUUGAAAUCGCUCCUGCUCAACCACCUGCUGCCUACUGAAUUCCAAGCCCACGAACGUGCUAAAUUCAAUUCCAUGAUCCGUGCUUACCACAUGUCUUGCCGUAAUUUCAUCCUGCAGCUAAACAGACAGGCAUCACGCUGCAACUACGGCGAUCGUUUGGAAGAACAGAUGUGUGACCGUUUGGUAGCGGGCAUCAACAAUUUCAGUCUGCGAAGCAAGUUACUGGGGAAGAAGGAUUUAACUUUUCCCGAAGCCCGGAAAAUUUAUGAACAGCAUGAUGACUUGAUGAAAGCCACUUCCAGCGAAGCAGUCACAUUAUUCCAACGGCAGAAGAAUCCACCGAAUCGACCUCCAACGGUCAAACGUGCACCAAAGCCGCAGAAAAUUUCCCCAGGUAAUGAAAAACGAAUCAAUCUAUGUUUGUCUUGUGGAUCUCACUACCUAAGCACCAAUUGCCUCAUAGUUCGUUGCUCGGACCGUUACUCUUUCUCUUAUUCAUCAACGACUUGGCGGGGUUUAACAAACUCACCUUGUUUUGUCUUCGCGGAUGAUGUGAAGGUAGUGGGAUCGAGUGGCAGAGCUUACCUAGUGAGCGAUAUUGAACGGGUGGUUGAGUGGUCAAAUAAGUGGAACUUGGCACUGAAUGCGGCCAAGUGUCAACUAUUGACCAAGCAAACAGAUCCCUUAGUUGCUGCCGGAAUGUGGGGAACUUUCGAAGUCAAGAGACUAGCUACAAGAAUGGUAGAGGGAGAGAGGGGUAAAUCGUACCAGGAAAGACUGAGGGGCCUCGAUCUAUUUUCGCCAGAAAGAAGGCGAAUCGGAGGAGACCUCAUAGAAGCGUUCAAACUUAGAAGGGGUUCCCCUGGGAUUCCCCCUGAGGAACUCUUCACUGAUGCCCCGUAUGCUGGUACCAAGGGCCACGAGCACAAACUGAUGAAGAAAAGGAGUAGGUUAGGUGUGAGGUCCAACUACUUCUGCAAUAGAAUAGUAAAUAGGUGGAAUAGACUACCCGAGGAAGAAGUCUACCUGCUUAGUAUCCAAGCCUUCAAACUGGCUUUGGAUAAGGGGUGGUUCAAACUGUUUCCGAACGAGGAAUACUGA